CACUCCCUUCGGUCCCUCUUUCUCACUUUCUUUCUUCCUUCCUUUCCUCUACCUUGCGAGGGCGACCGUAGCUCUCGCUCGUGUCGCCAUGGCAGGCGACCGCCCGCUCCUCUCCGGCCGCCCCUCCUCCGAACUCUCCAACGAGCGCGACAUCGCCGAAGAAGAUGCCCUGCUUACCGGCCAACCUACUAUGCGCAGCGACGGAUCGCGAACAUGGAAGUUCUGGCGCGAACUGGGGCUCUUCGUCUGGGCCGUGAUAGCGACCGCUGUCGUUAUCGUGCUCGCGGUUAUCUACCAGAAGUCGCAGGACCCGAACCACAGCACCCCGAACCCGACCGGAAAGAGGAAUCUCAUAUUCAUGGUGUCUGAUGGCAUGGGCCCGACGAGCCUGAGUCUGACGCGGAGUUUUAUGCAAUUCCAGAAUGGGGCGCCGUAUAGCGAGCAGCUAGUCAUUGAUCAGCAUUUGAUCGGGCAGUCGCGGACGCGGUCCUCGUCGUCGCUGAUUACGGAUUCCGCUGCUGGAGCGACGGCAUUUUCGUGUGGGUCGAAGAGCUACAACGGUGCCAUUUCUGUGACACCGGAACAUGAGCCCUGCGGGACGGUGCUGGAGGCUGCGAAGAAAGCAGGUUAUAUGACGGGAUUGGUGGUCACCACGAGGAUCACGGAUGCGACACCCGCGUGCUUUGCUGCGCACGUGAACAUGCGGUCGGAGGAGGAUCGUAUCGCGGAGCAAUUGGUGGGCGAUUACCCGCUUGGACGAACUGUUGAUUUGAUGUUCGGUGGCGGACGGUGCCAUUUCCUGCCCAAUUCGACUGAAGACUCGUGCAGAGCGGACAACAAGGACGUCGUGGACCUGGCGAAGAAGAGCGGCUUCACCUACAUCUCCGACCGCAAGGACUUCGACAAUCUGAAAGGCGGUGGCGGGCUUGACUUCCCCAUGCUUGGCCUCUUCGCCGAUACCGACAUCCCGUACGAGAUUGACCGUCGCAAUGAGGACGACAUCUAUCCUUCGCUUCACGAGAUGGCAGAAGUCGCUCUUACGGCACUUAGCGAGGCCACCAGGGACAGCGAGAAGGGAUUCUUUCUCAUGAUUGAAGGUUCACGUAUCGAUCACGCUGGCCACCACAACGACCCUGCAGCUCAGGUCCACGAGGUGCUUGCCUACGACAAGGCCUUCACCAGCGUCCUUGAGUUCCUGAAGAACGAGCCGACAGAAGGAGUCAUGGUGUCGACGUCCGACCAUGAGACCGGGGGUCUGGCUACUGCUCGACAACUUCAUGCUUCUUAUCCUGAAUACGUCUGGUUCCCCGGCCCUCUCGCCAACGCCUCCCACUCCGCCGAGCGUCUCGACCUCGAAUACAACAAAUACCUUACGAACGACCCCUCCGAUGACGCUAAGGCAACCUUCAUUCGGGACUCCAUCUCCAGUGGCCUCGGCCUAAAAGACUACACGGACGAUGAGGUUGCGAAUCUCGUCAAAGACCCCUCCACCGCGCUCUAUCAAUUCGCCGACAUGAUGUCCCGUCGGUCCCAAACGGGCUGGAGCACCCACGGCCACUCGGCCGCAGACGUUAACAUCUACUCUUCGGAUCCCAAAGCCGCACUGCCGCUCGUAGGCAACCAUGAGAACACUGAAGUAGGCGACUUUCUGAGGGAGUAUCUAGGCGUGGAUGUCGAGUCUGUCACGAAGGAGCUGAGGGAGAAGGGCAAGGAGCUGAAAGUGCUAGAUGCGAAUGGGACGGAGGUCAGCUGGAUGGGCAAGAUUCCAGAGGAGGGAGAGAGGUUGGAUGGGCAGAAUCAUCUUGCGAGCUAUGGGGGUGACUUUAAGAAGAGGCAUCUGCUGCAUGGAAGGGGCUGUGACUGUGGGCAUUAGACGUCGGGCGGAUAGAAAGAGGGGGAAGGAUGGCAGUGGAUAUACCUAGUUUUGCAUUUUGGGCGUCUUGCGUCGGCGUUUUUGGGGGCCAUGAUACCGACCUCCCACGGGACUUUUGGAUUAGCUGGUAAUUCGUAUCAAGACUUUCAUUCGAUUCCGUAUAGCCCUUGCUAGAGCUCUACGGCUACGCAUAACUUUUUCUAAUCGUCCCGGUUUUUGUCAUUGACCUUUGGCAUCUUCUUGGACUUCAUUAAUACACUUAGAAAC